CACGGCGGCGGCAGGACGGUUACCCGCAGCCUGCCUUGUGAUAAACAAACCCACUUUGCCAAAGAAAGAAAACUUACUCAGCUGCUGUAUUUGCCUUUCAUAUAAAUAUCUGAGACUUAUUCUGGUGUUACGUAAAGAUUCUUUUUGCGAUUCAGUCAGGCAUUUGCCAGGGACACCCUCAGGGUCUUUGAAUGACGUGCUUUUCCAGAAGCCCGUUACUACGCACUAUGUUACAUGCAGACCAACAUGUGAUUCAAGUUGUCAACAGUGAACUUCACAUACAGCUAUGAAGACAGGACUGAUCAUUCUAAUAUUUCUUAAAUAAUGUUAUUCCGCACAAUAAAGAACAACUUAAGUUUCCAUUAGUAAGUUUCUUUUUAAGUGGCGGAAGUUUACAAAUGAAAUUAAAAACAAUUUUAUGAAGACUGAUUAAUGAAUUGAGACAUGACUUCAGAUCAGCAGGCUCCCACAGCUCAAAGGCAGUUGUGUCCAUAUUGCGGCAGGCCGUUCAAAAGGCUGAAAACUCACCUCCCUCACUGCAAAAUGGCUCCCAUCGCCAAGGAGCCGGACAGCUGCCCAACCUCGUCUUCAUCUCACGGUGGUGCUCUUCUCAAACACACUGCUGUCACGGGGCAGACUGUGACGGCCGCACCGGAGAGGCCCCCUGACUCAAACCUGCCCAGAGACACCCGUCUCUGCCCAAAGGCUGAGUCGCCAGUGGUAAGGACAGACAAAAAAGCUUGGCCAAAGAACUCCAAGAAGUCCAGCGUGUCUAAUGGCAGCCCGAGGGUGAUGGACUCGAAGCAUGGAAAGGGGGGAAUGGAAGCAGUCAGUCCUGCCCAGAGAAAUCCGCCUGGUGACAGCAGAAAUCUGCUGCGCUCCACACACAGGGGGAAUGACGUAUCGGGCAAAGCCGGCGAUGACCCGAGGGGCAGGGAAACGAAAGCCAAGCGGAAAGAGAGAGAUGUGAAGAACAAGGCGAAACAGACUGUGGCUGAAGAUUCCCCACCGAGUUCGUCAAGACAGAGUGUCGUGGAAGCAGACAGGAAACCCGGAGCCUCACAGACAGAACCCCAUGCUGGGACCCCUGAAGGCCCAAGCGGGUCACUCGUCUGUGUGGGGGGUGAUGCUGAAGGCCCCAGAGCCACAAUGCCCUGGACCCAUCUUGUGACAGCCGAUCCUGGCGAAGGGGCCUUCAAGGUCAAACCUGCUAUCUUUGGACUUAAACCUCUGGAUUCUUCAGCCUUGCCUACAGAGACUGCCCUUCUCCAUAAGCCUCUGCCUGCUGCUGAUAAUGCAUGUAAAGACCCCACACCCACGGUCUCAUCGCUCCCAGUGUGCACACACACCUCGCCUCUGAACCCCUCCAAAGCUCCAUCAGGCCCCCAGUGGGGCCCGGGAGAGAGGUGGAGCCGUCCUGCAGGCCUGGAGUGGAUGCCCGAGCUGGCUCUGGCCUACCGCGGUAUUAGCUUCUCCAUGCUUCCCCGAAGGCCGUGCCACACUGAGCAUGUGCAGAAACAUUCACCUCAGAUCCAGCCAAUAGCGGCAGAGAUUCAAGGGUGUCUGACGGAGCGAGCCUUUGUGGAUGUGCGGCUUGCAGAACUGCCUUCGUGGCUGAUGUCACGACCUCUGCCGACCCCCAGGGCUGGUGUGGCUUCUCUGCAGAGAGGUUGGAGGUGGUAUUACAGCCGGUACAUCGACAUCCGAAGGGGCGGGGUUAGCGGGGUGGCCAUGCUGCUGACCUCCUACUGUGUCCUGAGCUACGUGUGGAGUUACCCCCGCCUCAAGGAGGAGCGUUGGAGAAAAUAUCACUGAAGCACCAGGAAGCGGUUGACCUCUGACCCAGGAAGUGGCUGACCUCUGACCCAGGAAGUGGCUGACCUCUGACCCAGGAGACAUUCGCUUAGAACAGGAAUCUCAGCUUCUGUUACUGCCAUGGUUCUCAUUCUUAUUCGACUGUCCUAACUGGUCCAGUUAUUAGCCAGUGCUGUCUACAGUCUGUCAGUAAGUCUCCCUCAUAUUCACUCAUGAGGAAGUACAGUCAGACAUAUGUUAUCAGUCUGUGGGUGGGGAUUGAAAUAUGAAAUGGACUGUAUAUUUUAGUAUUUAGAUAGAUUGAAGCAAUUACAGACUUUUUAUAAAUCCUUUGCAUUUGAGACCAUGGCUGACAAAGUCACUGUCGAAUGACGGAGGUUUGUUUUUCUUUUCCACUGCUGGCCGAAGUGUCUUUUGCUUGUUGAUUUUCAUGCACUGCUGUGUGCAAAGCUAAUGGUAUGGCAGAGCAGCAGAGACCCCCUCAUAGUGCCUCCUUAACUACCUCAGAGAGAAAAGGAUGACUGUGAACCGAUGAAACAACACGGCCAGUGAUGAAGUGCCUCCCGUAUCCGAUAUGAUGGUACAAGUGUCCAUGAAAUCAUUUUACUUUACUUGUUUGUGAGGAUUUAAAUGAAUAGGUCAUGUGACCAGACCCCGUAUGAAGCAUCACUUACUGUCUGCUAAAUCUGAUUGGCCCCUGCCAGCAAGGGUGGGGUCGUUAAAAUAAGGACAUUUCCAAAGUGGGGUGGUGGUGACUCACUCUGGUCUCACUUUGAUUUGAUGUGGAGUAACAAAAGGUCACCAUAGAUAUGUAGAGAGAUUGCCUUCACGUCUCUAUUCAUCUUUGUAUUUCUACAUUAGUAAUUGCCUUUCGCGCAUUGGCGUAGGGCUCGUGGACAGAAUGCAGUGUAUCCUACUUAAAAGUACAUGGUCCUUCCAAUACCGGAACACCAGCGUUAAACUCGUCACGUUUUACCUGCAAUUUCCAGCAGGUGUCACUGUCUGCCCAUUAAAGAAUUUCUU